AUGGAUUUCUUGGAAAGAGGCGCACCCAUAGGUUACUCAGAGUCAAAAUGGUUGAUUUUGGAACAGUUUUAUAAAAAGCUCGAAUGUCUCGUUUUAGGCUUCGGAGGUAUCCCACCGCUGUAUCAACCGUGCUAUAGCAAUCUAGACAGUGUAGGUCCCAGAACAUGCGGUAGACGAGUUGUUGUCGUUGUUCCAUCUCUUCAUGAAUUGCCGAGUAUUACGCUGGAAAACACAGUGAUAGAGAAGGGUUCCCAGCUGUAUCUAGAGUGUUCAUUGAAUGUUACUAGUCCAUAUACAGUAAAUGACUUAGCAUGGUGUUUCAAUGAAAUCAAAAUAUCAGAAGAGGAGUAUCAUAUAAAAGACAAUAAGACAUUGCUACUUAUUAUUGAAGAAGCCAAGUUGAGUCAUUCUGGCAACUACUCAUGUAAAGUGAUGUCAGACGAAAGUAAUUAUGCAAAGACACAUGUCAAAGUCGGGUUGAAACCCAAUGCAACCAUGCGAUGUACAUCAACUAAUCAUAUUGAAAUCUACUGUACAUGGAAUGAAUUUAAUUCAAAUCUACCGAGUGAUUAUAAUUAUUCAUGGAAACUAAGAUUUGAAGAUGACUCGUUUUGGCGAGAAUGCGUAGAUACAUUUGACAGCGAAGAGUUGGAGCCACAAUGUAUAUGCGACGACCGUGAAUGUUAUUUUCCCGAAAAUCACGGUUCAGUACAUCAUAUGAGAGUAGUACUCACUAACCAGCUUGGCACAACGAAAAUAAUUAUACCAUUUAAUCCUGAUGUCGAAACAAUACCAAAUCCUCCAGAGUCUGUGGAAGUUGUGUCUACUUCCAGUGAAAGCAUUAAAUGGUCUUGGAAGAAGCCAGCAGACUGGAAGGACGACUUGCUCCACCUAUUUUACAGAGUUCAGUAUUCAAGUGUAGCAUCUUCAUGGCAACAGGAAGUGCUUCAGGAUUAUGACCAAACAUACUAUGAAUUAUCAGAUGGAAAGCCAUAUACGGAAUAUUAUUUCCGGGUUUCCUGUAUCUCUGAAUAUGUUGAUUCAGAGAUAUCUGGAGAUGAGACUGAAAUAUGGAGUGAAUGGUCUGAUGUCAUAACAGCUAGAACAGAUGAAGCUGCCCCCUCUGGUACAAUUGAGAUUGGGAUAGCACCAGAUGAAGUAGUAAAUGGUGAACAGAGAGCAGUGAAACUUACAUGGAAGCCUCUCAAGCCAGAAGAAGCUAAUGGCAUAAUCUUGCAAUAUAAAGUACGGGUAUGGAUCCUGAAUGGCACUGAUGGCACUGAAAUACAGCACAUGUCUACAACACAUGUAUCAUCUUUGGAAGGGUUUAACAUGACAGAAAGGACUAUGGAAAGAUACAAGUUUAUCCAAGUUGAUCCACAAAUUACUGCUUAUACUAUUGAAGAUUUGAAUAAAGAUGAAUAUUACUUAGUUCAAAUAACUGCAGAAAACAGUGCUGGAGAAUCACCACCUGCUAGUUUAGUAAUACCACCAUACAUGACUGUAACUAAAAGAAUAAAAUGGUGGAUUACUCUUGUCUGCGUUGUUGCAUCUAUUAUUGGUUUUAUUUUAGUUGUCAUGUUAUUCAGAUGGUCUUACCUUAAAAUGAAAAAUAAAGGAAUUUUUGAACCUGUUCCACAAGUCUUCAUUCCAAUCGAGAUUGAUGCAGACAAUACUCAUUCCGGUCAAUACUUGUUAUCAGAUUAUCAAGAUUACCAAGAUCCACAGGUUGAAAAGUAUGAUAUUUUGAAAUCUCAAUGUAAGGAACAAAUGACAGUUGGAUUUAAAAAUGGCCGAAGUGACAGUUGUAGUACGCAGAUUACAUUCAUCAAUGAUAGUGGGUCUGGUAACCAAGGUAACAGAAGACAACAUAGAGAUAUUUGUGAUGAGGAUGAAGGUCUACCAAAUGCAAGAUUAUCAUCUACUGCAAGUGAUGGUAAAGAAGAUGGUGAUGUCAUGAGAAAACAUUGUAAGGACAAACAGACACCACCCUUGGCCGUGGUGCUUCCUCCAAAAUCGCCUGAUGACUACAGUCAGUUAACUAAUAAUGAUAACAUUCAUUUAGCAAAAAUGCCAAGUUGGAAUAAUUCAAAAAUAAAAUCACAAUUACCAAGUCAGCAAGGAUAUUGCAAAGUUACAGAAAAAGGUGUUGUCAUGCCGACAACCAUGCAAGCACCAGUACCUAGAGUUGGAAUAGUGCAUACACCGACACGUCAGCCCAAAAUAUCAGUCAAUGGUGUCCAUGGCAACAAAACAUUAACAUCAUGUCAAGUGACUGCAAAACAAGCUGCAGUACAGAUACAUAACCCAUGCAAUGUCAGCAAAGUGUCAGCCAAUAGAAAUCAAGCAUCAAAAAGUGAUGAGGAUCUUGGGUACAGCCAAGUGUCAGCCAAUAGAAAUCAGGCAACAAAUAGUGAUGAGAAUCUUGGGUACAGCCAAGUGUCGGCCAAUAGAAAUCAAGCAUCAAACAGUGAUGGGGAUCUCGGGCACAGCCAAGUGUCGGCCAAUAGAAAUCAAGCAUCAAACAGUGAUGAGGAUCUUGGGUACAGCCAAGUGUCGACCAAUAGAAAUCAGGCAUCAAACAACGAUGGCCACAUCACAACCAAUGACAAUGCUGCAAUUUGCAAUCAAGGUGAUAAUGGCUAUUGUAAAGUUACUUCUAAUGGCCAUCCAGUGAUUCAGGAUGAUUCUUCUAGCAUGUGGAGUGAUAGCAGUGAAAGUACUUACCCACCAGACAGCAUUGAUGGUGAAGAAGUGAUGCAUCAGUCACCACAUAGCAUGUCUGGUUAUGUAGAGCAGCAACCAACAACACAACCCGUAAAUAAUACUGGUGUGAGACAAGGGGCUGCUGGCGAUCAAUUGACAUCACAACACAUACAUGGUUAUGUUGCACAUUGUGCUACUGGUAGUCAGCCAAUAGACAGACAACAAACAUCACAACCCAUAAAUAAUGGUUAUGUUGCACAUGACGGUACUGGCAAUCAGCCAAUAGACAGACAACAAUCAUCACACCCUAUAAAUAAUGGUUAUGUUGCACAUGACGGUACUGGCAAUCAGCCAAUAGACAGACAACAAACAUCACACCCUAUAAAUAAUGGUUAUGUUGCACAUGACGGUACUGGCAAUCAGCCAAUAGACAGACAACAAUCAUCACAGCCCAUGAAUAAUGGUUAUAUUGCACAUGAUGACACUGGCAAUCAGCAAAGGAACGGACACCAAACAUCACAACCCAUAAAUAAUGGUUAUGUUGCACAUGAUGGUACUGGCAAUCAGCCAAUGAACAUACAGCAAACAUCACAACCCACAAAUAAUGGUUAUGUUGCACAUGAUGGUACUGGCAAUCAGCCAAUAAACAUACAGCAAACAUCACAAGCUAUAAAUAAUGGUUAUGUUGCACAUGAUGGUACUGGUAAUCAGCCAAUGAACACACAGCAACCAUCACAACCUAUAAAUAAUGGUUAUGUUGCACAUGAUGGUACUGGCAAUCAGCCAAUGAACACACAGCAACCAUCACAACCUAUAAAUAAUGGUUAUGUUGCACAUGAUGGUACUGGCAAUCAGCCAAUGAGCACACAGCAACCAUCACAACCCACAUAG